UAAAACACUGAGACGGAGCAGAACCACUGAAACCCUAAGACCUCGCAUCACUUCCACAAGUCUUUCGAAUAACUGAUCAAAAUGAACGCAGUUAAAGUCAUGAUGAUCUCCGCCUUGCUGGCAUUGACCAAUGCAUACAGAGGUGGUGGCGGUCGCGGCGGCAUGAUGAUGCCUAUGGGCGGCGGUGGAAUGGGUGGUAUGGGUGGAGGUAUGCCGAUGGGCGGUGGUAAAAAUGGAGGCGGCAUGGGAGGAAUGCAGAUGCCGAUGCCGAUGCCAAUGCCUAUGCCAAUGCCAAUGCCAAUGCCAAUGCCGAUGCCAAGACCAAUGCCCAAAGCUAUGCCAAGACCUAUGCCAAUGCCAAUGCCGAUGCCCAUGCCUAUGCCAAUGCCCAUGCCGAUGCCGAUGCCAAUGGGCGGAAAAGGAGGUAUGGGUGGUGGUAUGCCAAUGAUGCCAAUGAACGGUGGUAUGGGAGGUGGUAUGCCAAUGGGUGGUGGAAUGAACGGUGGUAUGCCAAUGGGAGGCGGUAAAGGAGGAAUGGGCGGUGGAAUGAUGAUGCCAAUGGGAGGUGGAAUGGGAGGUGGUAUGCCAAUGGGAGGUGGAAUGGGCGGUGGUAUGCCAAUGGGAGGCGGCAAAGGAGGAAUGGGCGGUGGAAUGGGUGCUGGUAUGCCAAUGGGCGGUGGAAUGGGCGGCGGUAUGCCAAUGGGUGGUGGAAUGGGCGGUGGUAUGCCAAUGGGAGGCGGCAAAGGAGGAAUGGGCGGUGGAAUGAUGAUGCCAAUGGGAGGUGGAAUGGGAGGCGGUAUGCCAAUGGGAGGUAGAAAGUAUUAAAAAAUUCCGACUGGAUGACAAUACCUGACUUUGCCAUGGAUUUUGACGAUGCUACAAUCAGAAAUAUAACGUGUCAAUCGUGAUGUGUAUUCACACCGGCGAGUUCUCGGAUAACAGCACCAGUAUAUCAAAUUAAUGAACACUUUUAUCUACACGUAUAAGAAGAAGUAAACUUGAAAAUCAGACUGUAAAUGGUGUACAUUGAUUACUAUGUAGUCAAGAGACAUUGUGCAUCUAUAGCUAACUGAUAUUAACUAAAAACCAAAAUAGAUCUGCUUAUUCGUUUCAUAUACUGAGAUUAAUGUGUCAUGCAUUUUCACCUAUGUUCUCGUCUUUUUGUGUUGUACAUAUUGGAGUUAUGAUAAUAAAAUGCAUUUUGAA